UGAUCAUCAUAUAACAAGGGGAUCCCUAGUUGUGAAUUGCGGUAUCUACUUCCCAUUGUGCCAUUCAGACGCAGAAUCAAUAUACCAUCGGUGCUCAGUCCCCCGAAUGUUCUAACCAUGUAUAACAUAAAUACAUCCCAGCGACGCAUGCUUCAGAGAACAGGCUGCAAGCUUAUUCGCACUUGGUCUCCCGUGUUUUCUUAUCCAGUCCUAUCCUUGCCUUACUCUUACCAAUAGGACAUCCUUUCUACCGUCGAAAUGGUCAACAUUCAGUCUCUCUGUGUCGCCGCCACAAUGUUAGGCUCCUAUGCAGCUGCGCUCCCAACCAACAUCGUUCCUAUUAACAAUGGUGUCAUCCCAACCAUCGCAGAGCGUUGCAUACCAGACGACCCCAUUUCCUGUGGUGCAGGCUUCAUGAAGCGAGAGAUUUCUGUCAAACGUUGCAUUCCCGAUGAUCCAACUUCCUGUGACCCUGGCGACUUUGGCAAGCGUGAUAUCCCUGUGAAGCGCUGCAUCCCCAACGAUCCCACAUCGUGCGAUCUCAGCGAUUCUGGACAGGGUUCUUAGCCAUGGAAUGUUGGGGAUACCGAGGAUUUAGUCUAAGGGAUUGAUG